AUGUACCCACACAAGAGAUACAGCCACCGUCUCAGUGUACCCACACAAGAGAUACAGCCACCUCAUGUACCCACGCUAGAGAUACAGCCACAUCAUGUACCCACACAAGAGAUACAGCCACUGUCCUCAUGUCCCACACAAGAGGAUACAGCAGCCUCAUGUACCCACACUAGAGGAUACAGCCACCAUGUACCCACACUAGAGGAUACAGCCACAUCAUGUACCCACAAUAAGAGAUACAGCCACCGCCUCAUGUACCCACACUUGAGGAUACAGCCACUUCAUAGGAUACAGCCACCUCAUGUACCCACACUAGAGAUACAGCCACCAUGUACCCACACUAGAGGAUACAGCCACCAUGUACCCACACACCAGAGGAUACAGCCACCUCAUGUACCCACGCUAGAGGAUACAGCCACAUCAUGUACCACACAAGAGGAUACAGCCACCGUCUCAUGUACCCACACAAAGAGGAUACAGCCACCGCCUCAUGUACCCACACCAGAGGAUACAGCCACCUCAUGUACCCACACCAGAGGAUACAGCCACCAUGUACCCACACUAGAGGAUACAGCCACCAUGUCCCCACACAAGAGAUACAGCCACCUCUAUGCCCACACAAGAGGAUACAGCCACUGUACCCACACAAGAGAAUACAGCCACCUCAUGUACCCACACUAG